AAAAAAAUUGUCCGAUUCAAUUUGGGCAUACGGGCAUGCACGGCCAUUGCUGAAAUUGCCUCACCGUCGGAAAUUUCCAAAUCCAUAGGACGGGCGCUCUGAGACUGAGUGCUUGACUUGACCCGAUCAAGUCUAGCCAAUCAUUGACUUCCGACUCGUCUUUGAAAUAGGUCGUUCAGUUUCGCCGGCGAAGAAAACCUCCAUUUCACGAAGAAAGAGAUACACUUGGCAGAGGUAGAGAUGUCUUUGAAGGCUUCGAGUUCGUCGAAUAAUCUGAUACUGCCAGUUUCGGAUCCUCCACGCGACGAAGAGAGAGGCAAACUUCUCAAGGGCGAUGAGAAGCUCUUCCAAGGGUCUGCCAUGACCAAAAGAGGAGCCUAUGCUGCAAUCUCUUACAUGUCUUGCGCAGUGCUCUUGAUAUUGUUCAACAAAGCAGCUCUUUCAUCCUAUAGCUUCCCAAGUGCAAAUGUCAUCACACUUUUUCAGAUGAUAUGUUCAUGUUGUUUUCUCUAUGCAAUGAGACGCUUGAAGAUAAUUUCUUUCACAGUAGGUGAAUCUUUGACCGUGUCUGACAAUGCAACAACAUUUGUACCAUUGAAGACGUUAAGGCACACCUUUCCUCUUUCAGGAGCCUAUUUGCUUUACAUGCUGGCCACUAUGGAGUCUGUCCGUGGAGUAAAUGUUCCCAUGUACACUACCCUCAGGCGAACUACUGUGGUAUUUACAAUGGUUGUGGAAUAUAUUCUGGCAGGGCAGAAGUACACAUCUUCUAUAGUUGGAAGUGUUGGAUUGAUCGUUCUUGGUGCAUUUAUUGCGGGAGCUCGGGACCUCUCUUUUGAUGGCUAUGGCUAUGCUGUUGUUUUCUUAUCCAACAUCACCACAGCAAUAUAUCUGGCAACCAUAGCUCGUGUUGGGAAAUCCAGUGGUCUGAAUAGCUUUGGCCUUAUGUGGUGCAAUGGAAUAAUAUGUGGACCAGUUCUGCUGUUUUGGACAUUUGUUCGGGGUGACUUGGAGAUGACAAUUAAUUUCCCUUACUUGCUCUCACCUGGUUUUUUGGCCGUGUUACUUUGUUCAUGUAUAUUGGCUUUCUUCUUGAACUACAGUAUAUUUCUGAACACGACUCUCAAUUCAGCACUGACACAGACAAUUUGUGGAAAUUUGAAGGAUCUUUUUACAAUUGGGUUUGGCUGGUUACUUUUUGGCGGGCUUCCAUUUGAUUUUCUGAAUGUUAUUGGGCAACUUCUCGGUUUUAUUGGCUCUGGUCUGUAUGCUUACUAUAAGCUCGUGGGGAAAUAAUUUCUCAAGCCGUUUCAUGGCUGACCUUUUCAUUGGAGAUAGUGAGUUUUUGCCAUAUUGUUUUCUCCUCCAAUCCUGGUUUAAUUGGGAAGUGAGAUACACUGUUACAACGAUGACGAAGAGAGAUUUCUGCAGAUCCAACUUUUUUCAAAGGGAUCAAAAUCUGUGUAUUCAGAAUGAGUUUAUUUAUAGAUGGGUGGGUUUAGAAAAUAAAAAUGGCAUCUAGGCACUCUCAAAGCCAUGCCAAUGUAAUGUGUCUUGAGUAUACGCUUUGUAGUAUGAUGAUUCUUUAUUGAUCCCUCUUCUUGGGUGUGCUGUUUUAUCACAGCAAACAUGGAUUGGGAACAAAAUGUAGGAGAGAAAUAGGUGGUCAGAGGUUCCUUGGUUUGUUUUCACAGAUGAGUUAAAAUUAAAGUUAAAAAUUGAAUAAAAUAUUGUUAGAAUAUAUUUUUUCAAUAU